AUGAAGCUCCCAUCGACGGCUUUCCUCGCCUUCGCCCUCCUGCUCCUCCUCAAUCUCAAUGUUUGUCGCGUGGAGUCGGCUCGGCCGCAGGGGCUCGGGACAGGGCACCACGCGCCAGGAGAGGGUCACCACCCGCCCGGAGAGGGGCAUCACCACGACCACGACCACGACGGGGACGGUGGACACAACGGCGGGCACAAGCAUGACCAUAAGCACCAUCACCAUGACGAGGAGUACGACGGGUACAGCUUCUACGUCUUCGGCGACUCCUUCGCCGACAAUGGCAACCUGCCUAGCAAGAAUGACCAAUGGCCCGAGCUGACGCGCCAGUGGCAUGAGCCCUACAGCGCCAACGGCCGCUUCUCCAACAACCAGAUGGUUCAAUCCGACUUCAUCGCCAACAUGCUGGGGCAGUCUGAAUCCCCUCCGGCGCACAUGGUCACAAGCCACGUCGGCCAGACCGGCAUGAACUUCGCCGCCGGUGGCGCUGGCGUUUUUGAGGUGCAACAAGGAGUGACAACCCUCGGCGAGCAGGUCCACGCCUUCCACAAGCUCGUCAAGGCUAAAAAGAUCAAGAAAGAGCAUCUCGAAGGCAACUCUGUCGCUCUCGUCGCCAUCUCCGGCAACGACUACGCCCGCGUCGGUGUUAGAACCAGCGGCUUCUUUGAUAUCACCGCCUUCGUAGACAAGGUCACUACGGAGAUCCAGACGGUCGUUGCGCGGCUGCAGGAAAUCGGUGUGGAUAAAGUCAUCGUCAACAACCUCUUCCCUGUCGGCUGUGCGCCAUCGCAGACAAGACCGAACAACCACACCACUUGCGAGGAGCAGGGCAACCAAGGUGCCUCCCUCCACAACAAAUACCUCGGCGACAAGCUGGCCGACAAGGAGGGCGUGCUCGUCCUCGACAUCAGCGCCGCCUUCACUGAGAUCAUCGGGCACCAUGGCGAUGGCCGCGGCGAGCUGGCACACAAAUUUGGGCACAAGCUGACGCCGUGUUGCGAGAGCGUGGACCCCAAGGGUUACUGCGGGCAGCGUGCAUAUGAUGAGUACAACGAGAUCUAUAGUACAUACAGCGUGUGCGACGAGCCCAACGGGUACUUCUUCUGGGACGACAUGAACCCGACCCAGGCCGGGUGGGCUGCCGUCAUGGGCCAGCUAGAGAGCCCCAUCAAGGAGUUCCUAGAUCUCGAUUAG